CUUUCCAAGUGAUAGUGAAACGUUUUCCGCGAAGAUCCGGAAAAACAGUUUGUAGUUUUUCGCGCAAAUACGUAAAAUUCGUAACUACAUCGGCGUCUAUAGCGAAUCUUCGAAUUUCAGCAUGAUUAUCGUUUCUAGAAUUAUUUUUCCUCAAGAAUACCUUAAAAUCAACUUGCUCAGACAUUGCAAAUACUGUACUGCGGCCUCUGGAACAAUCUGGAGUUUCACUUUUUGCGAUGCAGCGCAGUAACGAAAUGCACUAUAUAGGCGACUUGUACUAGCAACUUGGAGCGCACGCACGCGACAAACUGGUAUAGAGUCGACUAGGCUUUCUUCCGUAUAGCGUCUACCUUUUAUACAAUGGCACUGACUCACCAAUAUCGUUCUCCUGAAAGAUGGACGUUCAAUAUGACAUUACAAAAUUGAAGAACGCACUGACGCGACCCGUAGCUCGUACUCGACUAUAUUCGUUGACUGAGCAUAAAUUAAAGAUUAUGGUAUACUAUAUACAUACGCGAUGAUGUGUUGCCAAAGAACUGGACGACUGGAUUUUUGAUUCACUGCUAACUGACGCUCAGCUGACCUAUGACUUUUGGGUUUCAACCUUUUGUUUUCUCUGUCAUAUGAUGUGGUGUAUAUAUGCGCAUGUAUACCUGCAUCUGCGCGUGUGUAUAGCGUACGACGUACGUACUGCAAUGUUGUUUACAGCUAUAGAAUAGCUGCGUGCCUGCGUCUAUCCCCCACUUCAAUUUCCGUAAAGACAGACUGUACUGCUACAACUUUCUAUUUCAUAUUUUCAUGUUAUCACGGGCUAUUAAUUUUUUCCUUCAUUUUACUAUUGCAUGAAUUCGCGUAAUGUAUACGUAUGAUAUACGUAUUUGAAACAAUUGAUUAAUUAUUAAAAUUUUUAUUCUUAGUUUCGAUGCUAUAUAUUUUUGCAUAUUUAUUAAAAACAUACCCAUUUAAAUUUUUUAUUGAAAAUGUGCAUUUCAUAAUUGCUUACAAUUUUUAGCGUAAAUCUUAUUAUUUUUAUUAAAAAUUUCAGUAUGCAACGGCCUUUAAGAUUUAUAAUAAAUAUUUUUCUUCUUAUAUUGCUUAUCAGCAAAGAAUAAUUAAAAUAUUUUACAAUAAUAACAUUCUGGAUUAUAUUUAUCUUCAAAAUUAUAGGUGAAGGUAUAAAAAUAAAUAUAGAAUGUAAUUCUUUAAAAAUGAUGUAAUUAUUUAUUUUUUCUCAAGAUUAUUUUACAGUACUAAGGCCAUUCUAAAGAAAUAUGAGUCACAUCCAAAGAGAUAAUAUCAAUUUCAGUAUCAAGUAUGCUAGAUAAACUUGGAACUGUUCUUCCGAAAUCACCAUGAACAAAUUCCUUAACAUAUGUGCCAGCUUGUGUUUUAAAAUCAAAAAUUAUCAAUGUACAGUCAUUAAAAUUACAAUUUGUACUUUUUUUGUAACGUUCAAUUUCUUGCACUCUAGGUAAUCUAGCUCUUAGUUCAUAAAUUACACGUUUUCUAGCAGAAACUGCUCGCCUGUGAAGAACUCGAACUGGUGUAUUUUGAACAAUUUCUAAAUUUUGUUUUGUCUUUAAUAUAUUGUUUAAAGAUUCUAUGUCGAAAUUCUUUUUACAAAUACACAGAGCCCUGUAUGUCUUGGAUUUUGAAUAUUCACCUUCUUUUAGUUUUUGCAAAUUUGUUUUAGUUAAAACUUUUAAAUCAUUUGAGAUUUUUACUUUCUCAGUCUGUGCAUUGAUUUUGUUUGUUAAAUCGAAUAAAUUUUCUUGUAAAUGUUUCGUAUAUCUUGGAUUUACAAGUUCGAUUGCAAAAGGUCUACCAGAUAAUAACAUUCUUACAUCUACAUCUUCUCUUCCUGAAGAUAAAAAUUUCGUAUGCUCGGCUUUUGUAAAGUCCAUGAUGUGACAGCAAAUUAUAUCUUGUACAGAAGUCGUUACUUUUAAUUCACCAUCUACAACCCAGGGAGUCUGAGAAAUUUUUCGACUGAGUUUCUGAUAACAACCGCCCACAAAAAUACUAUCAUGUUUGCAUAUUAAUUUAUCAAUAUUUACAAAACUUGUAGGUACAGAAGGAGGUACUGUGUAGCAUUUCACAAACUGUUCAUCUGUUAUUGCGCUUAUCAAGGAAUCAAUAGUUUUUUUAGAAAUAUUUGAUCGAUUACUUUUGGGUUUAAAAUCGGUAACCCUUGUUAGCUGGUCAUAAUUAUUUAAUAAUUGUGAACAUUCUUCUUGGUCUUCUGAAUAACUUAUAUGAACAUCAAUACUAAACGGUGACAAAAUGUUUGAAAUCUCUAAAUUCUUGUUCAUUACACAUUUGAUUUUUGGAGAUAUAAACCAUUUAAAAACUUCUUUAAUAUUUUGUACUUUAAUUUUAUCAUCCCAUAAAUUAGAGGAAAAAUGUGUUGUUAAAUAAUAUUGUACUGCUCUUUCUCUAAUUUGAAUCACAGUUGGAAGAGUCAAAUUAAAUGAAACUGUUGAACAAUCAUUUUUAAAAUCUUCAAUUUGACUGAUCAUCUUUUGAAUAAAAUCAGCCAAUACUUGAUUCUGCAAGAUACCCAGACAAACGACACAUGGACUUGUAUCCCGAACGCUUUCAUUAUCAUCCAGAAUUUUCAACUUGGAUAAAAAAUUAUCUGAAUAAUUGUAUUGUUCUAUUAAGUUUAUUCCACAAAAACGUAAUGAACACUUGAAACAGCAGCCAAUUUUUCUUAGGAGUAGAAAAAUUUCAUUUUCUAAAAAGUCUAAAUUAUCUUCACUUAUUUUGUUGAAAGAAUCAACAAUAUUAGACAUUUUGUAGAUAACGUAUAUUAACUACCUUUUUAUGAUUAAUAUAGAAAUUACUUGUAAAUUGCUAUCUAAAGAAUAAAAAAGAGUUGUCUGUUCAAUUCUAACCUACAUAUAAGUAUGUAAACAAUCUCCACUUAUCCGGCAUCGGCGUUUCUGCACAUGUAUACCUUCUGAUCUACUAUAGUAUACCUAUAUAUAUUACCCAUUAGUAUAUACAGAUAUACACGUCAUACAUCCAUCUGCGCAUAUAUUUUAGAGACGACAGCAUGACUUGAAUCAAAAACAUAACCUCUUUUAUGAAAAGUUUAGAGCUGAUUUAUUAUAAAUAAAUAGUUUUAUAUUUAUUCUUUACACAUGGAUAAUUUAUCCAAGCAAAUUGAAGAAAUAGAAACACUUGCAGCUAUUUAUGGUGAAGAAUUUCAGACGGAAGAUGAAGUAAAUAGAUUAUACAGUAUUAAAAUCAUCCAUGAUGCUGAUAGCAAAAUGUUUGUAAAACUUUAUGUAAAGUUUCCCGAUUCAUAUCCUUCAAUUUCACCACCAACGUUUGAAAUUUCUGCUCCAUAUUUAAAACAAGAACAAAAAACGCAUCUGCGUUAUCUGCUUGAAAAUGUUUACCUGUCGUAUAUAGGACAAAACGUCAUUUUUCAAUGGAUAGAAAAAAUUCGAGAAGAGAUGCCUUCGUUGUUUGUAAAAUCAAAUGAAGAAUCACUUAAUACGUCGGAAAUGAAUCAUGAGACCCUAGCCCCUACAGAAUUCCAGGAUUCUGCAAUUGAUAAACUAUUUCCUUGUCCACUGAUUACACAUGGAGAGGUGAUAGUAGAUAGAAAAAGUUCAUUUCAGGGUCAUGCUGCUUCUGUUUCAUCUGUUCAACAAGUCAGGCAAGUAAUAGCUGAGCUUCAAAAAAACCGGAAAAUUCAACAAGCUACGCACAAUAUAUACGCAUACAGAAUUUACAACGAAAGUAAUAAAAAUUUUAUACACGAUUGCGACGAUGACGGGGAAGUGCAAGCGGGGAGUAGAUUAUUGCAUUUAUUAGAGAUUAUGGAUGCAAAAAAUGUUGUAGUUAUGGUUUCUCGAUGGUACGGCGGCAUACAUUUAGGGCCAGAUCGUUUUAGGCACAUAAACAACGCUGCACGUCAGGUUUUAACUCAAGCCGAUUUAAUACCAAUGAAUCAAAAGUAACAAAAUGAUAAUUUGGUAUUUUACUAAUAUUUUUAUAAGAAAUCAUCCAACUUUCAAAUCUCGCACAAAAUAACAGCUUGUGCAAAGAAUUAAUGCAAAUAUAGAAAAGUUCUUGUUACUACUUUAUUAUUUUUGUUGUCAUUAAUAUUUUUACAAAGUAGAAAAUGUUAAACAAUUAUAUUCUGUACUUAGAUUUAUUCAAACGAUGAUGAUGAAUUCGAAAUAAUACAAGACUGUACACGCGAAUAUCAAAGGCAUUUAUACACGUGCGUAAAUUAUUUUAGACUUUAUUCCUUGAAAAGCAGGACGAAAGUAUAGUAUUUUAUUCCCGAAAAAUACGGAAAUUUUUUUUUUUAAUUUUGAAUGAUUCAUUUUUUAAUUUCGAUUGUAUUGGCAAUGGAUGAGAUGGGGUAACUUUUCAAGAAAAAAGUAGGUCGACAGUAAAUGUCAAUAGGAAAGUCGAUCAUUAUUUCCUCGGAUAAUUUACUGUCCGAGCGUACACCCGCGGGAAUAACCAUUGACUUUACUGAUUCCUUAACGCAUAAUUUACUAGUAGUACAAUGCAAGAAAACCUUCACAUUUUCUUCACACAAUGCAUCUAUAAACAUACUUUUUUCACAUUUCAAACUAAUAUGUGCUGCAGACCUCGUCUUGUUAGGAAGUAAAAAAAUGUAUAACUAUGUUUUGUAGUUCAAAUAAGAGUAUUUAUAAUAGAUAAUUUUAUUAAAAUAUAAACAAAAAAUAAUUUAUACUGUAGAUCUGUCAAUAAUCAAUCUGUCAACCUAAUAAAAUCCAGUCAUCACUGUCUUCAUAAA